AUCGGGAAGCUGCCGCUUCUGCGAGACCCCGCCCCAUGUGGCCACACCCAUCCACGUGGCCACACCCAUCCAUGUGGCCACACCCAUCCAUGUGGCCACGCCCCCUCCACGGCCACGCCCCUGCCCAUUAAUAAAGUGCCACCACCACCUCCCGGCUCCGGCUCCGCAGCAUCGUGACCCCCAGGAUGGCUGAAGAGGAGGACGCGCCCCCCCCGGCACAGCCGCCCCCCCCACUGCGCCGCAAAUCCUCGGCCAAUUACCGGGCGUACGCGGUGGAGCCGCAUGCAAAGAGACAACCCAAAAUCUCAGCGUCGCGGAAGCUCCAGCUGAAGACGCUGUUGCUGCAAAGGGCGAAGCGGGAGCUGGAACGGGAGGAGCAGGAACGGGCGGCCGAGAAAACGCGGCUGCUGGGGGAGCUCUGUCCCCCCCCCGUCACCGACGGGCUCAGUGUCACCGAGCUGCAGGCGCUGUGCCGGGAGCUCCACGCCCGCGUGGGGCGGGUGGACGAGGAGCGCUAUGACAUGGGGACACGUGUCAGCAAGAACGUGGCCGAGAUGGACGAGCUCCGCCGCCGCGUGGCGGGCGGGCGCUUUGUCCGUCCCGCGCUGCGCCGCGUCCGUCUGUCCGCGGACGCCAUGAUGGCCGCGCUGCUGGGGACCAAGCACCGCGUGGGGACCGACCUGCGCGCCGGGCUGCGGCAGGUGCGCAAGGACGAGGCCGAGAAGGAGAGCCGCGAGGUCGGUGAUUGGCGCAAGAACGUGGACGCACUGAGCGGGAUGGAGGGACGGAAGAAGAAAUUCGAGGCGCCGGGGGGGGGCCCGGCCUGAGGGCGCCUCCCUGCCCUGGGACCCCCACCCAGGACCCCCUGGGACUGGCAUCACCAUUGUCACCAUCGUCACCAUCAUCAUCAUCAUCUUCAUCACUCCCAGUGUCACCCCCCCACAAUAAACCCUCCCCAGCAUCAA